GAAUCGUUUGUUGCUUCUAGCAUUUCGUCCAGCAAUAAGAUGUCCUGUCAUGAAACGACUCCCAGUUCCAAUAAGAAAACCCUGGGCAACUGUGCUGUUAGGGUUAGGGUUUAAGGACCGUAUACAGCAUUACUCUUUUUGAACAUGGUAAACUCAUCUUCUUAAUUUCGAUGUUUACGGCUUUAUCGUCAGUCAAUAUUUGACAUCAUGUGGCCUAGAGCUUGGCUGGUAUCGCGACGGCAUAUCCGGCACUUUUGUACUGCGGCUCGUCGUCGUAUAGAGGACGAAGGUGACUGGCUCUACUCGUCGGAGUGGUGGGGUACGGACUCCGAUAUCAAAACACACACUGUUCUCCGUUCUAAUUCCGAUAAAGGAAACGGCGUCAUCUCUGUCCUCGCUUACCCUUCCUCAAGACCUAGUCGGGAAAACUGGCCAGAAACUGAGAAAUGGCUGCAGCUAAGGUAUGCUGAGGUACAUCCAGGUCAAGAAAGCAAUGUACAUUGUAGGAUACUUGGAUAUCAGUGGCGUACACUACGAUUUAAUGAUGAGACACGACAGAGCACUGCUAAAGUAAUGGCUGCUUAUCAUCAAUCGGAUCCUAAUUCUAUAUACUUAAUGCAGCAGCCACAUUGUUUAGCUGUUCCAUAUCUGAAGAGCAUGGUAUCAGUUGGAUUAACUACUAUAGCAUCCUGUAAUUAUGACCUUGUGGAUGCUGUGUCUGGGAGGAAAACUAUGCGAAUUUUAUGCAUUGGUCAUGGUGGAGGAAGCUUACCGUUGUUUUUGGCUAGCAAAAUUCAAGGUGCUGUCGUUGACAUAGUUGAAAUUGAUCCCCUUGUUAUAUCUGCUUCUAUCCAAGCAAUGGGUUUUCCAGCUUUCUCAGCUAUGACCCCAUCAGAUAGGCGUGCCUUAUCCAAGCCUGAUACUGUCGAAGAAGUAAUGUGGAGAGGCAUCCAUGAGAGGCUCUACCUCUAUGAGUCAGAUGCUGAGAAGUUCAUCCUGGACAGAAGCAAUCUAUAUGAUAUGAUCUUCAUUGAUGCCUAUGAUGGUGAUGACAUCUUCCCACACAAGCUAUGGGACGCUGAUUCCCGAUUUCUCAAAGCACUCAAUAAUAGGCUGCACCCGGAGCAUGGCACUGUUGUGGUGAACCUUCAUGCAGAUUAUGAUGCCUUAAAUCCUGAUCCUUCCGUUUCAUAUUUUUAUGAACAAUUUCUGCCAAUGAACAGGCAUGUUGCCAAAGUUUGCAGAGGGUACAAGGAUGUUCUAGUCGGCAAUGGAAAUUCUUCUGUUGGGAAAGAAGGUUCUGGUUUUUUAUUCACUGUUUCAGUUCCUUGGGUGUGUAAUACAUCUAUGGUUGUAUGCAGGGGUGGUAGAUUCUGUAGUAAGGAUUCCAUUGUGAAUGGCAUCAUAUCUAAAUCCCCUGAAGUCGAAAACAUUUUGAACCUGCCAUUCUCAUGCUUAGACUAUUUAAAGAGAGAUUUUAAACUUUUUGAUUGAUCUUCA